CGUUACCAAGGUGGCCCGCGAGUUUCGCACGCAGCGGUACGAUAACAACAAUGCACCGCUCAUGUAUGUCCGCAUCCAGGUUGGGCAAGCGUCCUGCAGCGCUUUGCUGGAUAGCGGCGCGACUCGCAACUUCAUGAGCCAGUCUUUUAUGCAAAGAGAUGGCCUUGGCGCACAAGUUCGGAGAAAGGCAAACCCGACGGCGAUCAAGUUGGCGGAUGGAAAGACGCAGCAACUACUCGACCGUUACAUCGAGGCCGUACCGGUCUACUUCGCACCUCAUGCAUGCGAACCGGUGACAUUCGAUAUUCUCGACACGGACUUCGACAUCAUUCUGGGAAUGCCUUGGCUUGCAAGUGCGGAUCACACGGUCAACUUCCAUCGGCGGACUCUUAGCGUUCGCGACGCCUUCGGCGUGGAAGUGGCGUGUAUGAUUCCUCUACCGCACUCUUCGAUCCGGUGCCAAGUGGUGACGACCAAAUCAUUCUGGGCGACUUGUGCUUACGAGCAGCCCGAGGAGAUCGGCAUAUGUUUCCUACGGACCGUCGCGGUAGCCGACUCUUCACCCACGAACUUGUCUUCGGACCCUCGUGUGGUACGGUUGCUGGACGAGUUCGCCGACAUCUUCGAGUCACCUACCGGUGUGGUGCCGGGUCGGCCGAUCUCUCACGAGAUCAUUCUUGAGGCCGGUGCCGUGCCGCCGAAAGUUUGCAUCUAUCGGAUGAGCGAGGAGGAGCUUGAGGUACUCCGCGCACAACUCGAUGAUUUGUUGGCCAAGGGCUGGAUCCGCCCGAGUAGCUCCCCAUAUGGAGCACCAGUUCUCUUCAUCAGGAAGAAGAAUAAGGAUCUACGAUUGUGUAUCGACUACCGCAAGCUCAACGCGCAAACCGUCAAGAAUGCGGGGCCUCUUCCUCGCAUCGACGAUCUUCUCGAGCGGCUGGGCGGUGCGAAGUAUUUUUCCAAGUUGGAUUUGAAAUCAGGAUAUCAUCAAAUCUCGAUUCAGCCGAAUGAUCGCUAUAAAACCGCAUUCAAGACGCGGUACGGGCAUUUUGAGUGGGUGGUCAUGCCUUUUGGCCUCACCAACGCCCCGACGACAUUCCAGGCGGCGAUGACCAAUGAGUUCCGUGCAAUGUUGGACCGGUUCGUGCUGGUCUACUUAGACGAUAUUCUCCUCUACAGCCGGACAUUGGAGGAUCAUCUUGGACAUCUUCGACGAGUGUUGGAGACGCUCCGCCGUGCCAAGUACAAGGCCAUCCGCUACAAGUGCGAAUUUGUCCGGCAAGAGCUGGAAUACUUGGGCCAUUUUGUCACACCGGAGGGCAUCAGUCCGCUAUUGGACAAGAUUCAGGCAGUCCAAGAGUGGUCGGAACCUCGGAACGUCACGGAUGUCCGCUCGUUCCUCGGUCUUACCGGCUACUAUCAGCGCUUCAUCAAAGGCUACUCCAAGAUCGCGCCCCACUUGAACAAGCUUCAGUGCGAGGAUCGGCCGUUUGACUUUGGAGAGGAGGCGCGGGGAUCAUUCCUCGCUCUCAAAGUCGCGCUAUUGUCUGCGGAGGUCUUGCGGAUAUACGACCCGCUCGCGCCUACACGUGUCACUACGGAUGCGUCAGGCUAUGGCAUUGGUGCAGUCCUCGAGCAACAUGAUGGUGGUGUGGACUGGCACCCGGUCGAGUACUUCAGCAAGAAAGUGCCACUCGUGCAUUCCACUGACGAUGCACGCAAGAAGGAGCUCCUCGCCUUCGUCCACGCGCUCAAGCGGUGGCGGCACUUCCUCCUUGGUUGAAGCCAAUUUCGCUGGGUAACGGACAACAAUCCGUUGGUCUUCUACAAGACCCAAGACACCGUCAACAGCACCAUCGCUCGAUGGAUGACUUUCAUCAACCAGUUCGACUUCUUUCCCGAUCACAUUCCCGGGAAGUCGAACCGUUGUGCGGAUGCUCUUUCACGG